AUAUGACUAUCCAGCAUAAUGAAUUGUCAGGAAUGCUUCUUGGCUGUAAAAUCUUAAAUACUCUUAUUUAACUUUACCGGAUGGAUAACUUUUCACCCGGAAGUAUUCAACCGAAAGCCUAGAAAAACAUUUGGAGGCAAAACAUCAAUGGGGGUCACUUGCGCUACAUCGCUCACUCUCAUUCACACCGAGGGAGCAGAUCUUGUUUAGUUCUUACAUGAACAUGACAACUAAAAAGUGUGUGCCAGGUGCCUGUGGCAGAGGGGAAGAGUGUGCAGCAGACAGUGGAUACCAUGCACAAGAAACUGGAGCAGCUGGGUGCUGUGAAGCAGGGCAGCUUCUGGGUAGACUGCGAGACAUACCAUCCAACAGGAAAUGUCAGCGGUCAGCCCUCCAAGCUCUUAUACUUGAUGCACAAUUCUGAAACUCCCCUGAGCUGCAUUGCUCUGUUUGAAGGCGGGCCGUGCCUGAUAGCUGACACAAACUUUGACGUUCUCAUGGUGAAACUAAAAAGUCACUUCCAGAAUGCCAAGGCGCACAAGGUGGAGUGCCGUGGUUCUAGAUACCGCUACUGUGACUUCUUAAUAAAAGUUGGUACUGUGACAAUGAGCUCCAGUGCCAGAGGGAUAUCAGUAGAGGUGGAGUACUGCCCUUGUGUGGUUCCAGGGGACUGCUGGAAUCUCACAAAGGAAUUCAUGCAGUCCUUUCUUGGCCCCAGCGUCCCCGAACUGCCGUCUGUCUUUGCUGCCAAGCCUGAAGGACUCUUCGCACCAUCAGACUGCGUUGACACGAUGACUCAAUACUUGGAGUUGUUCAACAAACUUCGUAAAAUGCAAAUGCCAGGAAGUAACGUGCGUUGAGUUGUCAACGGCAAUGGAGAGACAUUUUCUUUGUUUGUAUUGAUGUUGCUUUAAUUCUGGUCCAGUGGAUCAGCAUGUUAUCCAGGCCUUUGUCAGAGCCUGGGGUUUUAUAUUUCCAUUUCUGAAGCCUCAACAUUGCAUUACACCUGUUUGAUGAAAGCAUCUUGUAUUAAAGAUACUUACUGAAAGGCUAGAGUAGCUAGGACCUGUGUUUCUGACUAAUUACUUCUAAUGUCCUAUUGCUGGGGUUGUAACUUUCUCUAGAGAGACUUUUUUUUGUUGCUGAAAGUAAAAUGACACAUAAUUAA